UGGCCUCCCAAAGUGCUGGGAUGACAGGCAUGAGCCACUUCACCCAGCUAUUAUUUCUUUUAUAAAUGUGAGAGGGAACUAGUAUUUGAACUUUGAAAAACUGGGUGAUUUGAGCUACUAUCUGAUUUAAACCCAUGAACUCACCAAAUAUAAUAAAAUGUAAUAAAAUCAUAUUACACUUUCUUAUCUUGCUGAAAAUAUAGGUAUGUUUUAUUGAAGCAACUACAUUCUUAAGAGAAGGAAUUAAUUCUUUUCACGGUUAAUGUAUAGAGUGUCUCAGAACAUAAAAUAAUCUAGGUGUUUCCAUGUGGCCAAAUUGUAAAACAGUAUGUCCUAGGAUUCUGCCAAGUCAUCAGACAGUGUUCCCACAUCUCCCAUUCAGGAUCACAGGAUAUCAGCUUUAAACAAACAGAACUGUGAAGCCCAAUUAAUCUAAAAGAUGGUCCAUUUUUGUUAGUUUGUUGGUUUAGGGCACCAUUCUGUUUUAUUGUACAGGUCAUAAAACUCAUGUGAAAUCUGUAACUGAUCCAGCUUUUCCAAUUGAAGAAAUAAGUACCCAGUUCACCUCCUUGCCUCUGAACGGCAUUUUGAAAAUUAUUAAUCAAACUACUCUUCUAAUAAUAAAUUGAUUUCAUCCAUCUGUAGCAAAAGUAAGUGCUGAAUAAUUAAAUUUGAUUAUAUUAUCAACCAUAUGAAAUAAGUAAAAGUAAAUCAUUGUUGCUUCUGAAAUCCAACUAUGACAAGGAUUUGAUUUCAGGCACCUGAACUUUGUAGCUCAAUUUGAACAAAAAUAUUAAUAAGCUUUUGUUUUCUUACCUCUAAAAUUAGGAUAAUAACUUCUUCAUUUUAAAGUUUUUAUUAGGAUAAAGUAAGCAUGUUUUACCAUUAUUAUUCUUAUUUUUAUUAUUAAUGCACCAUUAAUUUUCAGUUCUACUUAGAUGACAUUAUGCUGCAAACCAUUUUUUAUUAAUUUCAUAUAAUGUAGGUAGUACUCUAACUGAUGAAUAAUUUUUUAAAAGAAUGUUUAUUCAUUCUUGGUAUUGGAUAUAUCUAAUCUAGCAUUUUCCUUCUGAGGAGGUAGGAGCUCUCUUCAACUACUGGUGCAUGUUUGUGACAUAAUUUCAGGUCUUGAUAUAUAAUGAAAAGUAUUUAUUUGUGUGUAUAUCUACUUACUUAACAACAGACACAUGCUUCAGCUUUGUUUUCCAAUUUUAGAUUUCCAAAUUUUAGUUUUUUUGUUUUGUCUAAAAUUGUAAGCUUACAAUUUUAAUUCAGUUUAAUAUCCAUAUAUCAAAAUAUGAUCACUUCCUUUAGAAUUCAAAAAAAAGAGUGUUUGAGAUUAUAUGCACUACCAGGGAAUUUUAUUACCAGAAGAAACCCUGCAGUAUAAUUUAUAAAUACAAAAACUGAAGUUUUAAUGUUACUAAGUUAAUGUUAAAAUUCAUUAUAUUAAUAUUACUCGUUAAAUAUUCUGGACUUUGAGGUGUCUAUAUUACCUCAUGAUUCUGGUAAAAACAGAGAACAUAGAAUAUUCUUUUCGGUGACUGAAAAAAGAGAAAAUUAAAAGGGCAGUUUUGGGUGAAGAAGCUUUUGAGGCACUGUUUCUCUUUAAAAAAUCUGAAUAUACUAGUUGUGGGAGUGAGACACUGUUGUUUCCAUAUUUCAUUUCAUCAUUUUUAUGUCAGUGUUCUGAAACCUAUAUCCUAAGUUAGUGGGUACAAGAGGGCCCAGUUCUGGGAGGCUAAUUUGCUCCUUACUGAUCCAGAUAAAGGGGAGGUUUCCAACAUGCUAAUCUGGCUGAGGGCUUAUGAGACUGCUAUUUGCCUGUGAUCUAUUUGACCUCUCUUGUCUUCUCCAUGGGGAAGUUACACAAUUUAUUUUGGACAGGCUAAGCUCAUCUUUCAUGAAGUGGCAGCCUUUAUCCUUUAUUGUUUCCAUUGAUUAAUGCCAGUAGGUUCUUAUCUGUCUUGACCAGCUGCUGCUGUGAGGUGCGAAACCUGUGCCCUUAUUCACAGGAAAUGCAACUCCCCCACCACCACCCUGGGUUUCACUGACAUCAUGGUCUGUGGAAGAAGUAACUUCAUGCCCUUGUACCUUCACAGGAGUCCAGAUCCCUUCACUUUGUUCAGAGGGGAUUACAAACACCCGAGGCUGUUGUGUUGUCCAUAGCUAAGCUUGGCAAAUGGGCUCACACAAGAGAGUGACUUACGAUAGUAUCCUUACCCUCUGCUUCUAGAUCCUGUAAUCGAAAUGUAUCCAAGUUGUUUCAACUUUCAUACAUUGUGAAUACUUUUCCCUCCUAUUUUGAGAUACCAAAGAGGUACUUUCCUCUUACUCAAACCCUACUACAAAACAUAAUGUUCUAAUUUACUUUCCACUGAGGCUUUCUCUCUUUCUAUAUGACUGAGAAGUAAGUGUCUUCCUUCACAAAGUGCAAAGUAAUGAAACCAGUACAACAGAGGACAAUGUACAAUGCUCUGAAACCAUUUUAUACACCAUCAUAUAAUUGUUUUAUUGUUCCAUUUAUUUUGUUUAACAUGUAGUGGUAAAGCCUUAGGUAUCAGAAACUUCAUGUGGAACUGGCUCCAAUUGAUCAAUUAUUGGAAUAUAGGAGGUGUGACAUACUGCUUUGAGGUGUGAACACUGCUUUGAGGUGGCACACUGCUUGCAGGAAGCAUGGCCACUGCUUUGAGCCUUUGCUGCCAUUCCAAAACCAUGGGAGAAUUAUAAGCUUUAUAUCCUGGUAUGCAUACAAUUAUCCAUAGAACUAGUUAGCUUCAAAGUUCUAAAUGGAAUGUAUAUUGUUGUGGUUGCUUGUAUCUGCCCAUCUUAGAUUCUUCCUAGCAAUAAUUUUGAGAGACUAUGGAUUGUGGGCUGAAUGGAGGAUGAAGCCUUUUCAAAUUCGCCUCCCAGGACCUCCCAGACAUAUUGUCUACCCUAAGCACCAGGCUGGACACAUUGGGAAACAGGCUGGCCACCUGGGCUCCCAGGCCUUCUACCCAGGACAUCAGCGUAGCUACCUAGUCCCACCUGCUGGCGCAGCUGGCAUUCCUGUUCAAAAUCAGCCAGGUAGACCUGCAGUGGCACUAUGGAUGCCAGCACCACCACCACCAUUAAACUGUCCACCAGGAUUGGAAUACUUAAGUCAGAUAGAUAUGAUACUAAUUCAUCAGCAAAUUGAACAUCUGGAAGUCCUAUUCAGUUUUGAAAGUAGUAACGUGUAUGAAAUCAAGAACAGCUUUGGGCAGAGGAUUUAUUUUGCAGCAGAAGAUACUAAUUUCUGUACCCGAAAUUGCUGUGGGCAGUCUAGACCUUUUACCUUGAGGAUUACUGAUAAUGUGGGUCAAGAAGUCAUAACUCUGGAAAGACCACUAAGAUGUAACUGUUGUUGUUGCCCCUGCUGCCUUCAGGAGAUAGAAAUCCAAGCUCCUCCUGGUGUACCAGUAGGUUAUGUUACUCAGACCUGGCACCCAUUUCUAACAAAGUUUACAAUUAAAAAUCAGAAAGAAGAGGAUGUACUAAAAAUUAGUGGUCCAUGUAUUGUGUGCAGCUGUUUUGCAGGUGUUGAUUUUGAGAUUACAUCUCUUGAUGAACAAAUAGUGGUUGGCAGGAUUUCUAAGCACUGGUCUGGGCUUUUAAGAGAGGCAUUUACAGAUGCUGACAACUUUGGAAUCCAAUUCCCUAGAGACCUUGAUGUUAAACUGAAAGCCGUGAUGAUUGGUGCCUGUUUCCUCAUUGUAAGUCUAUUCCUGCUAAUCUUGGUUACAGAUGUCUUCUCUAGAAUCAUUCUGAAAUAAUUUAAUAAAUUACACAUUUUAAGAUAACCAUUUAGAGUAUAAAGUUUUUAUAAAAUGUUCUCAUUUAAUCCCAGCACUGAAAUUCUAUUUGAUUCUGAUUCUCCGGACUUAUAGGCAGUUAGUUUAUGUCUGAAGAGUCUACACACUUUCAAAUGGCAAGAGAAUAACUUUAUAUGCUAAGAAGCAGCUCUGGUUUGGGGGAGGGUUAUUAAAAAAUCAAAUAUAUUAUUAGGAGAAAAAUCUGAAGCUAGUCUUACAUGGAAUAAAACUCAGUGAAACACAGAAAUUUCAUCCUGACUCAUUAAAUUAAAACAUCUAACAUGGGAUUAUAAAGUGU